UCAUUUUGGAGGAGGGCAUCGACUAGUGAGCUCGCAUCUUAUUUGUUCAGCGAUCUAUGCUUGAGCGACACGACAAAGCGAGGAAAUCCACCGAAGAAAUAUCGCAGUGAAUGAAGCACUCUUAGCGUCCCUGGACUUGAAAGAUGCUUCUUAUUCCUUUGGGAUGUUGCCCGUUCAGCUUUAAAAAAUCAAAACUUCAAGGGAAACCGAACGGGCCCGUCCAGUCCGGCCUCGGAAGGCGGAGAAAGCGAAAAAGGAGAACAUGUCUGUUCCUUGAAGUCAGUCCUCCAGACUUGCCCAUCUGCACGCCAGCCCGGAUGACACACCCACACAAAGGCUGCUUAAUACGUCGUACGCUCGCCACUUACUCGAAUGAUCGCGUCAGGCGCGUAUCUGGCGUGCCAUUGCUUCUCUCUUUGUUGUAGAAACAAAGAGGAAGAGAGGCUUGCGGUGCUAGAGCUCGGCCGCGUAGCGAAGCAUCCGCGCCAUGGCAAUCCGAAAAGACUCACCCGCAUGGUCGUGCGAUCGCGAGCCGAGGAUACGAGGGAGAGGGUUUAUUCCAUGGCUUACCACCUGGAGCAAACGAAAGAUCUCAAUGUCUUGCAUCAAAUUCGGCCCGACCGAUGCUCUUGGUGUAAAGGCGCCUUAUUCAGUUACACAGGUUUUUAGACAUCCUAUGAUUUCCACGCUGCGUGUGACCUCCUUUACAUCUGGGCAAUCUACUGAGCUCUUUUCUCUUGCCUCGACUUCGACACUGGUCACAUCCUUUGAUAUCGCGCCAUGUGGGAAUGAAAUAUGGAUCUCCGACAGUGACGGUGGACUAAGCUUGUUUGGACCUCCGGGAAGGCAGCCGAUUACGGGGACAAGUGAAUGCUAAAUUAAAGAUUGAUUGUGUCAGCAUCAAUCCUGCUGCUGGAAGGAGAAGG